CGUUCAAAGAUGGCGGAGGAGCUGUACUGCUGGGAAGGAGACUCCGGGCUUCCGUCCGUCAGCACCGACUGCUUGGUAGUCCUGGCCUACGCUCAGUUUGCUGGAGCUCCUCUCAAACUUCAUAAGACAUCGAACCCCUGGAGGAGUCCCAGUGGUUCAUUUCCUGCUCUGAGGACCAAUCAGAAAGAAACUCUGUCCAGACCCUCUGACAUCAUCAUCCACCUGAGGAAACAGAAGUAUAAUGCAGACUACGACCUGUCGGCUAAGGAAGGCGCCGACAGUCUGGCCUUCAUCUCUCUGCUGGAGGAGAAGCUGACGCCGGCGCUGAUCUACAUGUACUGGGUGGAACCGAAGAACUACGUGGACGUGACUCGCCGCUGGUACGCCGAGCACAUGCCCUUCCCCUUCAACUUCUUCCUGCCCGGACGCAUGCAGCGCACACAGCUGGACAAGCUGAGGCUGCUGAGAGGAGACGAGAGCCUGGAGGCCGGAGAGGAGCUGGAGAAGGAGUUGUUCCGUGAUGCAGCAGAGUGUAUGAACCUUCUCUCCCAAAGACUCGGCUCACAGAAGUUCUUCUUCGGAGACUCGCCUUCAUCUCUGGACGCCUACGUGUUCGGUCACCUGGCUCCGAUCCUGAAGUCCAGACUCCCCAACGCCAAGCUGCAGCAGCACCUGAAGACCCUCGACAACCUGACCACCUUCUGCUCCAACAUCCUGCUGCUGUACUUCCCCAGAGAUGGCCCAGAGAGCUCCGGUCCGAAGACGUCCUCCCAGCCUGAAGGCGGAGACUUCGACCACGUCCCCAACAAGCGCAGGAAGCAGUUCCUGUCGGUGCUGGUGGCUCUGGGCGCCAUGCUGAGCUACGCCCUGCUGACCGGCAUGGUGUCCAUCCAGCACGCCCACCGGGAGGCGCUGGAGGAGCCGCCGGACCUGCGGACCCUCCGAGCCCACGACCACGAGGAGGAGGAGGAGGAGGAGGACGGCUGAGGUCCCUGAACGCCUCACCGACCGUGAGAACCUGAAGGACUUAAUGACGUGCUCGGCGUCUCCGGACAGAAACACUCUCAAAAGCUUUUCUUUAACUUUUGUUCAUUUUUUUAAACUUAAACAUGGUUUGAUUGUUUGUAUGUAUGUAUCACCAUGGCAACGACAAAUAAUAAAUC